AUGAAUGCCUCCUUGGCAAUACGAUAUCCAGUAGAAUACCAUGCCAGUCCAGUCCCUGGACCAAAACCGACGGAAAUAUCAGAACCGUCAAUAAUUUACCAGGAAUCAAAACAUAUAAAUGGUCUAAUCAUGGUACCAGACAAGAAGGUUAUACAUUACAAAAUCAACAUAAUAUCUGAAAUCGGAACGAAACAUAGGGCAUUCGCUGGAAAGACUUAUCGCGCUGUACUCUCAUCAGAAGGUCGUUACAGCGAAGUUGCAUUCAAACGGCUCAAAAAGUCUUGUUUCCAAGAAGAACUUUUUGAAAAAUGUCUUAAUUUAUUACAUAUUGAACGUCGACAAUAUGCCACUGAACUUUUGAGCAUUGCAAAAAGCACUUCAUACAGUGUUCAAGGUGAAGAGUAUAUUUGCAAGAUUGCAGGCUUCAGCACUGAUGACAAGAUAUACGGUCCAUGGGUGGCAUAUGAAUUCGUAAGCGGGAAUCCGCUGGAUGUUGCGCUUGUGAUGCGUAGAAGAGAUGGAUUACCACCACUGACACAUCGAGCUAACUUUGAAAUCAUGUACCAAAUAGCAGCCGGAAUGCGAUAUCUUGAAGAUAACAGCCUAUGUCAUCGGGAUCUUCGGGCAGCGAACAUUCUCGUAUAUGUACAACAUCAGUAUUCAAUGGCUAUCAAAAUUACCGAUUACAUGCUAACUCUCUCCAUUUUGAGUAAACUGCCAGAAAAUUCUGAUCUUAGCUCAUUGCACUGGAGAUGGAUGGAUUGUGAAGCUCUUGAAUACGGUCAAUUUGGUAUCAAAACUGACAUCUGGUCAUUCGGUUGUGUUAUGUUUGAAAUUUUAAAUCCUGGAAAACUACCAUAUUCACUGGAAAAAAUUCCAAUCGAAGAUCCGCAGGGGUAUAUCUCAAAAUAA